AUGCCCAUACUAUGGUCAUGUUCGCCCUUCGGCGGAAUUAUUUUCACCAGCAAUCUCAUUUUGCAGAACUUUGUAGUGGCAGACAUCAGCAAUGGUGUCAACAACGUGUAUUUCUAUGACGAACGAGCGCAAGGAAAAGAUGCUAAUGCGCUAUGUAGCUUACGCUUGAACUACCAUCUUUCAAUUAUAUCACGAGCUAAGCACAACGAGGUAGCACCUCCUGAAGUGAGCUUCAGUAUAUUGGACAAUUGUGUGGGGCAGAACAAAUCGAAAGCAGUUUUAAUGUUUUUUUCAUUUCUUUCGGUGAUAUUUCCCUACAAGUUUGAUUGA